AUGAACCUCAACUUCACUCCCCACUCGGUGUCUUCCCAGAGGCCGACCUCUUUCUUCAUCGAAGACAUUCUGCUCCACAAGCCCAAGCCCCUGCGGGAGGUGACCCCCGAUCACUUCCACAGCGCACUGGCCCCCCGGGUGCCCCUCCUGGACUAUGGGUACCCUCUGAUGCCAGCGCCAACCAUCCUGGCACCCCACCCGCAUCACCCGCUGCACAAGCCGGAGCACCACCAUCCCUAUUUCCUCACCGCCUCAGGGGUGCCGGUGCCUGCCCUCUUCCAGCCCCACCCGCACGCUGAGCUGCCGGGCAAACACUGUCGGCGCCGCAAAGCCCGCACCGUCUUCUCAGACUCGCAGCUCUCUGGCCUGGAGAAGCGCUUUGAGCUGCAGCGUUACCUGUCCACGCCGGAGCGCGUCGAGCUGGCCACGGCGCUCAGCCUCUCCGAGACCCAGGUGAAGACCUGGUUCCAGAACCGGCGGAUGAAGCACAAAAAGCAGCUGCGGAAGAGCCAGGACGACCCCAAAGCGCCCGGCCAGGCGGAGGGCGCCGAGCAGGGAGCCAGCGAGCCGGAGCCCGAACCCGCGGACCAAGCCCGAGCCGGCGCCCCCGAGCCCCGCAAGGGCAGCAGCAACCCGCCGGCCCCCUUCCUCCUGGACGAGGCAGAAGACGAGGUGGACAUCAUCGAGGGGGGAGAGCUGUGCGGCGCCCAGCACCUACUGUAGGGCCCGCGAGGCCGCGACCCCCGAAGAGGUCGAGGCGGUGGCUGCGCGUCCCGACGCGGACUUUCAGAGG